CGGUCCCCCCGCUGCGCGCUCCCUUCCGCGUUCCGCCGUCCGCCCCGCCUGGCAACCCGGCCCUGCGCGGGGGGCCGCUAGCCAUGGCCGGAGCGCCCCGGGCGCGGCGCUGACGGCGGCUGGCGGAGUGCGCCAUGCCCAGCAGGACGGACCCCAAGAUGGAUGGGAGCGGCGGCGGGCGCGUCCGUCUGAAGGCGCACUACGGGGGGGACAUCCUGAUUACCAGCGUGGACGCCAUGACAACAUUCAAGGACCUCUGUGAGGAAGUGAGAGACAUGUGUGGCCUGCACCGGCAGCAUCCACUCACCCUCAAGUGGGUGGACAGUGAAGGUGACCCUUGUACUGUGUCCUCACAGAUGGAGCUGGAGGAGGCCUUCCGCCUGGCCUGUCAGGGCAGGGAUGAAGUGCUCAUCAUCCAUGUUUUCCCAAGCAUCCCAGAACAACCAGGCAUGCCUUGUCCUGGAGAAGACAAAUCCAUCUACCGCCGUGGAGCCAGAAGAUGGAGGAAGCUGUACCGAGCCAACGGCCACCUCUUCCAAGCCAAGCGCUUUAACAGGAGAGCGUACUGUGGCCAGUGCAGCGAAAGGAUAUGGGGUCUCUCGAGGCAGGGCUACAGGUGCGUCAACUGCAAACUGCUGGUCCAUAAACGCUGCCACGUCCUCGUCCCGCUGACCUGCAGGAGGCAUAUGGAUUCUGUCAUGCCUUCCCAAGAGCCUCCAGUAGAUGACAAGAAUGAUGGUGUAGACCUUCCUUCAGAGGGGACUGAUGGAAUUGCUUAUAUUUCUUCAUCUCGGAAACAUGAUAACAUCAAAGAUGAUUCUGAGGACCUUAAGCCUGUCAUCGAUGGGGUAGAUGGGAUCAAAAUCUCUCAGGGGCUGGGGCUGCAAGACUUCGACCUCAUCAGAGUCAUCGGGCGUGGAAGCUAUGCCAAGGUCCUGCUGGUGCGGUUAAAGAAGAAUGACCAGAUCUACGCCAUGAAAGUGGUGAAGAAGGAGCUUGUCCAUGAUGACGAGGAUAUUGACUGGGUGCAGACAGAGAAGCACGUGUUUGAGCAGGCGUCCAGCAACCCCUUCCUGGUUGGCUUACACUCCUGCUUCCAGACAACGAGCCGCUUGUUCCUGGUCAUAGAGUACGUCAACGGCGGGGACCUCAUGUUCCACAUGCAGAGGCAGAGGAAGCUCCCAGAGGAGCACGCCCGGUUCUACGCCGCUGAGAUCUGCAUCGCCCUCAACUUCCUGCAUGAGAGAGGGAUCAUCUACCGGGACCUGAAGCUGGACAACGUCCUCCUCGACGCCGACGGGCACAUUAAGCUCACAGACUAUGGCAUGUGCAAGGAAGGCCUAGGCCCUGGGGACACAACGAGCACCUUCUGCGGGACCCCGAACUAUAUCGCCCCUGAAAUCCUGCGUGGAGAAGAAUAUGGGUUCAGCGUGGACUGGUGGGCGCUGGGAGUCCUCAUGUUUGAGAUGAUGGCUGGGCGUUCCCCCUUUGACAUCAUCACGGACAACCCUGACAUGAACACUGAAGACUACCUUUUCCAAGUUAUCCUGGAAAAGCCAAUCCGGAUUCCCCGCUUCCUGUCUGUCAAGGCCUCACAUGUCUUGAAAGGAUUUUUAAAUAAGGAUCCCAAGGAGAGGCUGGGCUGCCGGCCGCAGACUGGGUUUUCCGACAUCAAGUCCCAUGCCUUCUUCCGCAGCAUAGACUGGGACCUGCUGGAAAAGAAGCAGGCCCUGCCUCCCUUCCAGCCCCAGAUCACUGACGACUAUGGCCUGGACAACUUCGACACGCAGUUCACCAGCGAGCCCGUGCAGCUGACCCCAGAUGACGAGGACGUCAUAAAGAGGAUUGACCAGUCGGAGUUUGAAGGCUUUGAGUACAUCAACCCACUUCUGCUGUCUGCCGAGGAGUCCGUGUGAGGCUGUGAGCAUCUCUGUUGUGGACACGCCUGUGAAUGACCCUGUCACUUUACCCUAACUACAGCAUAUGCAUGCCAGGCUGGGCACUGAGGUUCCGAGCAGCCAGGGAGGGAUGCUGGCCACCACGACCGCAGAGGGGCACCCGACAGGCACUCCUGGACAGAGCAGUCUCUUGCGUCCGGGCCCCGGAGGCCGCCUUUGUGCUGGAGGAAUCGCUUCCUGUGCCCAUGGCGGGCCCCCCAGAGGGCGAGACAGUCACACCGUUUUGAAGGUGCAUAUUUUCCACAGAAACAGAGCUCAAUGCACUGACCCGCUCCAGGAAAAGUUAGCGUGUAAUGCCCCGAGGAAUAAAAUGUACCGAUGACGCAGACGCUUCCUCUGAUGCCUUUUUUCUGAGUGGCGCCCACCUGACGUCCCAGUGCAGGCCCCCUCGUGAGGAGCAGCCGUGCUCCCUGAGCAGGCAGGGCGCGGCACGGGCACCCAGGCGCCUGCAGGGUGCACUGCAGCAGGCUGGCACAGAUUCGGAACGUUUUCUAAAUCCCGGUAAGUUCUGUUGUUAAUAUCUGACAAGAAUUGUCAUACCUGGUGCGGCUAGACGGAAGUCCAAGGCCGAAGUGACACCCUGGCCAGGCUGGUGGCGCUGUCCCCACCAGCCCGGGACUCUGAUGAGGGAAAUUGGAUUAUAGAGAUUCUAAAACACUGCUCACCAAAGCACCAGUAAACCAAAUAAAUAAGUAAAUAAAUAAAAAGGGAAAAGAAUUGAAAACGAAAUCCGCACAAAAUAUAUUUCUGAAAAUACUAGCCAGUGCCUCCAAGAUGUCUUGUGUUAUACAUUAGAUUUUUGGAAAAUAUUUUUGUCAUUAAUACUCCAGAUUAGAAAAUUUAAAGACACGUGUGUGAUGGACCCUAGCCUUAAAGUGACAGAAUUCGCAUAAUCCCGUACUCUUCCUGAGGAAGCGUGCCGGCUUCCAUACUGCUGUGCUCAGCCACCCUUCUCUUUAGAUUAGUCUGGGAGGCCAGCCCAAGGCUUUCUGGAAAGAGGUCAGCUGACUCCUCAGCAGGUCAGGUGUGGCAGGAGCCAUCGUUUGUGCACCUGGGUUCCAGGCAGGGGAUGGAGAAGCUGCACGGAGCCCCCAGCUCCACCCAAGCCAGGCUGGCCCGUGUGGCAAACACGCUACACAUCCCAACCCUGCCAGACUGAGGCCUGGAGUCUCCGUGUCGGGCAGGGUGGUGUCCAGCCUCCUGCUGUGUUUGCUGGGGGCCCUGGCAAAAAUCAAAGCUGGAGACAACGAAAAUCUAGAAGCGCUGUUACAGCGCCGCCCGCAGCCCUCCCCCCAACACACUCAGGUUUCUCAGCCUUUGCCAUGCCGGCGCUGAACACAUCAGAGCCACACCAGGUCCACCACACCCAGGUCCACGGUGCUGGGACAGAACAGGCAGCCCAGGCUUAUGGGCGGCUCCGUAACUCCUGUUGAACAUGGACACAUUUCAACCAGCACUCCCAGUGUCCAUCAGUAAGACGUGUCCCCAACAACUGGUCAAAAAAAAAAAAAAAAAAAAAAAAGCAAACAGAGCCUAAGAGCCAAUUUUUGGGGCCUCCUAGGGCUAAACAGCGCAGCCUCGGGUGUCCAGGUGGCUGGAGCCCCAGUCUGAGGGCCAUGCGGGCACACCCACCUCUGAGCUGAGCUGCUGAGAUGAAGAGCCCACAGAUGGCCCCAGAGCGAACGGGCUCCUGCCAGCUCCUUUCCUCCCUCUGUGCUCCCUAAGGACAGCAACAACUCCUUUGCCCAAAAGCACAGGAGCCCUUGAUUUGACAGGAAAGGGGGUGUUUAUCUGCAUACUGCCCUAUUGCCAAACAACUUGCUGGCCACUGGUUCAGCUGCUCAUGUACAAAUGUGUGGAUAACAUUGUGCCCACCAGAAGGGGAGAUUUUAUAUACACUACCUUGUUUUAUAAAUUAAAGAAAGUGAAGGAUGUACUGAAAUGUGACUUGGGGUGGGAGGGAAAAUACCCUAACGUCUGCAAACAGCUCUGGCAGGAUAGUGUGUGUCUUUCAAAAUGGUUCGAAAACACUGGUGACCUCAUGAUUGUAAAGCAGUGAGCAUAACCACGUGGUUUUGUACAAUUGAUCAGUGGAGCCCGUCGCCGGCCGGCGUCCCUUCUGUGGGUGAUGGUCUCACCCUCCACGGCCAAGGUCGUUCAUAUUCUUGCACACCCAUUAAAGACUUUGAUGAAAAUG